CGACUCGCUAAAGCAGCCGCUAUUUUAUCUCGCUGCAGUCGUAGGCGCCUGAGCGGCAGAGAGCGACUGAAUCCAGCCGUAUCUAGCGUCUUCACUGGCGGCCUGGCAAACACGCUGUGAGGUUGCAGAAAGGUUUUCUUUUUCGACAUGCAGAAACUGAAAGAAAAGGUCGCCUUGGUUACCGGCGCAUCGUCUGGGAUUGGAGAAGCAACAGCGCUCCACUUUGCCUCCCUAGGAUCUUGGCUGUCACUGACAGCGAGGAAUGUGACCGAGCUUCAAAGAGUCGCCAAAGAAUGUCAUGCCAAAGGAGUACCAGAAGAAAAAGUUCUAGUGACAACAGGGGACGUGUCGCACGAAGAGGACGUGGCUGCUGUUAUUCAGAAGACCAUACAGAAGUUUGGCCGGAUCGACAUUCUCGUGAAUAACGCCGGCAUUUACUUGGAAGGAUCGACGGACAGUCCUUCGCUUGACAACUAUGACCAACUGAUGAGCGUCAACUUGCGCGGCCCAAUACAAGUAUUAAGAUACGCCUUGCCAUACUUAAGGCAGGUUAAAGGUACCGUUGUCAAUGUGUCCAGCGUAGUGUCGCUGAGGGCGGCACACGGUGGAAUGUUUUACAACAUCAGCAAGGCUGGCCUGGAUCAAUUAACCAAAUGCACGGCCCUUGAAAAUGCAAAGUAUGGAGUGCGCGUGAAUUCUGUAAAUCCUGGCGUGAUUGCUAGUAAUAUGGGCAGGAGACCCGGGGAAAGCAAAGAGGAUCAUUUUCAGCGUGAGAGCAAGGCUACGGCUCAUGCCCACCUCAUGGGUCGUCUUGGCACCGUGGACGAAGUAGCGCGUGCCAUUGCAUUCCUGGCCUCGGACGACGCAUCUUUCAUCACAGGGCAUGCCUUGCCGGUGGACGGUGGGCAUCUACUCAUGACACCUCUGGACCUUACCCCACCGGACCCAUUGAAACAGCGGAGGCAUUAGUCAGUUUUAGUUGUGCGCCGCUUACGCUCCGAACCGCUCAGAGUCCACGCGGUUCACGCACUGAUGCACUGCAAGGAAUUGCGUAGUUUUCGCAUUUGAUAAGCGCAUGUUGUCGAGCGGCGCGCUAUGUCUGCUUGACCAAGAAGCCAAGCAGACACGCUCUCACGCUCCACUCAAACGGCUUCGUAAGCGAAGCGUGGGAAGCGAUUUUCAUCCAGCCACCGGAAUAAGCGUUGUGUGCAAGCGCACUAGCGUUCCCGCUGAGCGGUUAUGUGGAUAUUGCUAGCAAAUACCGGCCUGAGCGGAGCGGAUCGUAAACGCUCGAGUAAGACUGUCUAAUAAUAGGCCGUAUUUUAAGAAUGGAGCCCCAACGAAGCCUUGACUUGCAGCCGACGGAGGAAGCUGUGGCUUAGUGCACUGCAGAAAUGUGUCAUAGUACCCCGUGUAGUUCCCUCCACUUUGUUCUAUUGCUUUGUUUGUUUGUUUGUUUGUUUUAGAAAAAUGGGAGGCGGAGAGCUGCAACCGCAUAUGGUGGUUGACAUUUGGCGAAAAAUUAGGUGUGGGUGGUAAUAAAAAUGCAUGGCGACACCAUCCUGUUACUUUGGAAUGAUUGCGUGACGAAUAUAUAAAGAAUGCGCUGUAAAAUAAAUAAAUACGGUAGACCACAAUCACAUAUUUCUAAGGGCGAAUGUUGGUUUCCGUCCUGCGUUGCUGAAGCGGGUUUUGAAACACACCAGCCGCGUUAGUGACCUCGUCGUCCCGUUCGUUCAACAAUAAGCAAGACUGAACCAACAGUGAACAUUUCUGAAACGAAUAGUAACUGAUGACGUAGCACGUGAUCUACCUUUCAUAAAAUGUUGCACAUGACCGUUAUGAUUUCGCUGGCGGGAGCUCAUUUAACUGCAUAGUUAAAAUCCUCGAUAUUGGUCUCUGUUCUACGCAAUGAGCAAAGUCAUAAAGUGAAGCAUGAUGUCUGAUCACGUGUCUACUCCGCAUGCACAUUGCCACGCGCCUUCAAAUGGGGCUGACAACGUUUAUUGAGAUCAGCUGGGCUCUGGAGAAAAGGGCGGCGAGAGCUAACUAUCGAGCGGGGCGGUUAGCACGCGCACUGCUUUCUUCUUGCGCCUCUGCGCAUGCUCUGUUCUCACUACUACAGGUGAGAUUUCCCCGCUUCCUCGGAAAGAGCAUCGGAUCGAUGCUCAAGAAGUGGUGUGGGAAAGGAAAAAAAAACAAAAAAAAAACAAAACACGCUCAAUGAAGAUGCUCGCGCACAGAACACAGUGAGAGCUACAGCAGCGUAGCUAGAAACAAUUCCCUACCUCUCUAGAAACAGAGAGGUAAGUGCAUGAGGUGCAAAUAGGAGCGUAAAAAUCACGAACGCGCAACGUAGGGCUUCAUGCGUACGACGUGAACUAAGUCAGGGCUAGGUGGUUGUUUACGCCGUGUUUGCGCCGCACUGUCUGGAACGACUUCAUAGUUCACGUCACUAAUGCGGCGGAGCAUUUUGUAUGGGCCAAAAUACCGGCUGAGAAACUUUUCACAAAGGCCACGGCGGCGAACAGGGGUCCACACCAACACUUGGUCUCCGCGACUGUAGCGCACUUGCAGGUGACGGAUGUUAUAGCACCGUCCAUCUGCGACUUGCUGCU